AAAAAGAAUCACGAAAUAAAAAUCUCACAGAAAAAAACAAAGGAUUGCAAAAUCAACUGCAUUUAGCUGAAAAGGAUUUACCUGCUUUACCUAAAAAGCAAAGCAAAUUUAGACAAUUAAGGAUAAAAUUAAAAACUGAAUUCCAUCAAUUGGUGGAAAACAAAAAAUGCCAAAUCCAAGAGUUAGUUGCUAGAAUAGAGGAUAAUAAAUCUGUUAACCAAAUAGUAGCUCAUGUUAAG